AUGACAUCUGAGCAAAGGGAAUCGAGAUUAACGAGGAUGCGUGAAUACAAAAGAAAAAGGACAUAUGCUUCGGAUAACACCACUAUAUCUACCGAAAAACACUUUGAUGCAUCUACUUCAAACGGCACAUUUACUGUCUCCAUGCCGUUGGAAGCACCUGCACAAUCCAGUAUAUUUCCUGAAGCACCGGAGCUCUUAAUUGACCCUACUUCAGAAGAAGGUUUGGACUUUUGCUACUCCAAUAUAUCAAUAAUGGAAACAGAUAUGAAUAGUACCGAAGAUACAGGUAGCAUUAUCACUAAAGAAGGUAGUGUGCAAGUUAGUGAUAUCCUUAAUUCCUCCACCAAUGGCAACGAUAUUGAUGAGGAAAUUUAUAGAAACUUGCCUUCGGCUCACUAUGUCCUUAGACCACAACGAAAUUGUCUUUACUGUGGGGCAAAAAAAUUUCAACAUGAGUUUCCAUCUUUCUGUUGUAUGAAAGGAAAAAUAAUAUUGAAAUCGACUCCUGUACCAGAUGACUUAUACUAUCUAUAUAAGUCUCAAACUGAUGAUGCUGCACUGUUUAGGAGAGAUAUUCGUCGAUACAAUAGCCAUUUCUCCUUCACAUCAUUAGGAGUUAGACUAGAUAAAGAGCUAUCGAAUAUGAAAGGAGGGGUGUACACUUUUCGAGCACAGGGACAGAUCUAUCAUUUCAUAGAUCAAUUAGUUUCCAAAGAGGAUGAAGCUAAGUAUUUGCAAUUAUAUUUUUCUGAUACCGAACAAGAAGCUGAGAGAAGAAUGCACAGUGCCCCAUAUCUUGAAAAGAAUUUGGUAAUGAGAUUGAUGAAUAUUCUCUCGAUUAAUCCAUAUGCACAGUCCUUUCGGAGUCUUGGUGAUUUGCCCACACUUGAAAAUUAUAGAAUUACACUCAACACCAGUAGUGAAUUGGAUCAACGUGUUUACAAUGCGCCUACAGCAUCACAGGUUGCAGCAAUUUGGGUUGAAGGAAAUGAUAGUCAUCAUUCUUAUGAAAGGAGUAUCGUGAUACAUGAUAAAUCUGAACGACCAUAUAGUAUUAAGCCAUAUUAUCCAUGCUACGAUCCUCUGUCAUAUGCUUUGCUAUUUCCAAAUGGCGAGGACGGGUGGCAUCAAGGAAUUUUACGAUGUGGGGAAGCUACUGGUCAAGACUUUAUCAACCAGCUAAAUAGAAUAAUUAAUGAUGAAGCCAGUCAAGAUAAAGAGAGUAGACGGAGGAAGACUGUGUCAGCACGAGAGUACUAUUGUUACAAACUCCAAAUUAGACAAGCCGAAAGGACAAUACUGUUAUCUUCAGGAAGAUUGCUCCAGCAGUUUGUUGUUGAUAUGUAUAUAAAAAUCGAAUCAACAAGAUUAGAUUUUAUAUUAAAUGAUCAAACUAGAAUACGAGCAGACUUAUAUCAGGGUAUUGUUGAUAGUGUUGCAUCUGGCGAACUACGCGGAAACAUGAUCGGCAAAAGAAUUGUUUUACCGUCUUCAUUUAUUGGAGGACCUAGAGAUAUGCGUCGUCGAUAUUUAGAUGCAAUGGCUUUAGUACAAAAAUACGGAAAGCCAGAUAUAUUUCUUACCAUGACAUGUAACCCUGAUUGGGAAGAAAUUAGGAGCGAGCUUGAACCAGGUCAACUUGCACAAGAUCGACCUGACUUGACCUCAAGAAUUUUUAGAGCAAAAUUGGAAGAUUUGAAGGACCAGCUUUUUAAGAAGUCGAUUUUUGGUGAGGUUGCCGCACACGUGCAUGUCAUUGAGUUUCAAAAAAGAGGGCUGCCACAUGUGCAUUUUCUAAUUAUUAUGAGAAAUAGUUUUAAGAUAACAAAUCCUGAUCAAUAUGAUAAAAUCGUCUCAGCUGAAAUCCCUGAUAGAAAUAAGCAUCCUCUAUUGUAUGAGAUGGUUGUUAAGCAUAUGAUGCAUGGACCAUGUGGGCAUUUAAAACCUAAUAGUUCUUGCAUGAGGGAUGGAAAGUGCAGGUUUCAUUACCCAAGACAGUUUUCUGAAACAACUAUACAAGGCAAGGACUCAUACCCGAUCUAUAGAAGAAGAAAUAAUGGCUGCCAAGUAAAAAUUAGAGGAGCUGUGCUUGAUAAUAGAUGGAUAUCACCAUAUAAUCCGUAUUUAUUAAUGAGAUACAAUUGCCAUAUAAAUGUGGAAAUCGCAUCAAGUAUCAAAGCUGUUAAGUAUCUAUUCAAAUAUAUUUGCAAAGGUCAUGAUCGGGCAGGUGUGCAUAUCGAGUCGUCUGAAACAAACAAAAUCAUUAAUGAAAUUAGUUUGUUUCUAGAUGUAAGAUGGAUAUCUCCACCUGAGGCAAUGUGGAGGAUAUUUCAAUUCAAUUUGAAUGAGAUAUUCCUCCCUAUUAAGCAAAUGCAAUUACACUUGCCUAAUAUGCAAUCGAUAGCUUACGUUGACUCUGAGGAUUUGCGAAGGGUUAUUGCAAGAGAAAAUUCUUCAAGAACGAUGCUAACUGAAUAUUUUAGAACAAAUCAGAUCGACAGUGACGCUAGAAAUUAUUUGUAUAGAGAAUUUCCAGAACACUACGUAUGGAAUGGUAGCAAUAAACGAUGGUCUAAGAGAAAACAAAGAAAAGAAAUUGGAAGAUUAGUUGCUGCAAAUCCAGCGGAAGGAGAGAGAUACUAUUUGAGAAUACUAUUGAAUCAUAUCAAAGGUGCCACAUCUUUUGAAGGGUUGCGAACCAAAAUUUGCUCCACCUUUAGAGAAGCAGCUGAACGACACAAUCUUAUAGAAACUGAUAGUAGUAUAUCAGAAUGCCUGUCUGAGGCAUCUUUAUUCCAAUUUCCCUCAGCCCUUAGAAGACUUUUUGCUACUAUUUUGGUUUUCUGUGAACCUACAAAUAUUAGAGAUUUGUGGAACAAGCAUUUAGAUGCGAUGUCUGAAGAUUAUCGUUUUCAAUAUAAUUGUACACACAAUUUGGUCGAACAAAUGGUCCUUCGAAGCAUCUCUGAUUUCCUACAAUCAAUGGGAAAAAAUAUUCAAGUAUUUGAUCUUCCUGCACUAGACGAUAGCAAUCAUUCUGAUACAUAUGAAGUGAGAGAAAUUGUAGAUGAAAUGUUGAUAAAUAUACCCGAUGACCAUCUUAAUGCGUGUGGUUCUCUAAAUCAAGAACAACUAUUAGCAUAUGAUGAAAUUAUGAGUCAUGUUGAAAUGAAAAAGAGUGGGAUUUUCUUUAUUGAUGGUCCAGGUGGGACAGGGAAAACGUUUCUUUAUAAUGCAUUACUGGCAAAGGUCAGAUCAUUAGGAUUAAUAGCAAUUGCUACCGCAACAUCUGGAGUUGCUGCUUCAAUAAUGCCUGGUGGUAGAACAGCACAUUCUAGAUUUAAAAUUCCAUUAUCUAUUAACGACGACACAAUGUGCAAUGUCAGUAAGCAAAGUGGAACUGCCGAGCUUUUGCGAAAAGCUGCACUGAUUAUAUGGGAUGAGGCAUCUAUGACGAAAAAACAAGCUUUCGAAGCGUUAGAUCGCACAUUAAAGGAUAUCACUGGAUCUGAUCUUCCUUUUGGUGGAAAAAUUAUUAUUUUCGGUGGUGAUUUUAGGCAAGUACUUCCCGUCAUACGUCGUGGGACAAGAGCUGAAAUUGUAGAAAGUACCUUGAGAAUGUCAUACAUAUGGACAUUACUAAAGAAAUUCAAAUUGACUCAGAAUAUGAGAGCGAUGUCUGAUCCGUGGUUUUCACAAUUUUUGUUACGAGUUGGUGAUGGGUUGGAAAAAUAUAUUAAAGCAGAAUAUAUCCGCUUACCUGAUGAUUUGGUAAUUAAAUAUAUGGACGAUGAAACAUCUCAAAAAAGUCUAAUUGACUCGGUAUUUCCAUUACUCACACAGAAUGGUUGUACAUCUUCGUAUAUUGUAUCUCGAGCAAUCUUAUCAACAAAAAAUGAGUAUGUUGAUGAUCUUAAUAAUAAAAUAAUUAAACUAUUUCCUGGAUCUGAAAAACUCUACUUCAGUUUUGAUACUGCAGAGGAUGACACCAACAACCAUUAUCCCACAGAAUUCCUUAAUUCUCUUAUGCCAAAUGGUUUGCCACCGCAUAUUCUUACUUUGAAACUCAAUUGUCCUGUCAUUUUGUUAAGAAAUAUUGAUCCAUCAAAUGGAUUGUGUAAUGGGACAAGAUUAAUUUGUAGAGCUUUUCAAGACAAUGCGAUUGAUGCUGAAAUUGCUAUUGGACAACACAAAGGCAAGAGGGUGUUUCUCCCCAGAAUACCACUUAGCCCUUCAGAAGAUGAAAUGAUACCGAUGGUUCACCAGAAUUAUACUCCACUUUGCUAUCUGCAUCCUUAUAAUGUCACAGGGCGAUGGAGAAUACGAGUGUUUGUAGCAAAGAAGUGUGAAAUCAAGUAUUUGUCCAAUUCUAGAAAGAAAAUACAAUUACUUUUUCUCGAUUUGUCGGGCGAAAAGAUUGAAGCAUCAAUCAGGAACAACGAUAUUGAUCAUUUUCAAAAUACAAUUAUUGAAGGCAGAGUUUAUUGCUUCUAUAACAUCAAGGCUGAGGGUGGUGCUUGGCAUUCCCCUCCCUUGGGCCCUACUCCUGCCGUCACCCCGGAGCCCCGGCGACCUUUCUUGCCGAUCGUUGCCGUCCCUGCGCACCGCCGCUACCGGCCCAGCAGCCUGCAGCCAUCUAGGCCGAGCUCGGGCCGAGGUCAGCGUGCACCUCCUCCCCCGCGCCGCCGCCACCCGGAGCCACCCUUGCGGCAUCCCUCCGACCUCUGGCAGUCCACCGCUGUCGCCUCGAGCCGCCCCGAGCGCCGCCGACGCGUUGCAGCCACGCUGCGGGUUCCCUGGGUGAGCUCGGUCCGAGCUGAGCUCGCACCUUCUCCCUCGCGCUGCUGCCGCCCGAAGCCACCCCCACGGUACCUCUCUGGCCUCAGGCGUUCCCCCGCCGUCGUCUCUGGGAGCCCCGCCGGCCUCCGUGGCCGCCGCUGCUCUUGGACCCGAACCCUAGUUUAUGCGGGCUCGGUUUGCUCCGCCGCCACCGCCGGCAGGCACGAGCCUCAGCAUCCCCUCGUCAUCCGCACCCGUCGGCUCGAUGCACCCGCCACAGAGCCACCACCGGCCGUGCCCUAG